GACGAGGACAGUGAAGCUGAGUUUGCUGGGGAGAGCGCUGCUGACAAGCGUCGUCGCCUGGCUAAGCAGUACUUGGAGAACCUGAAGCAAGAGGUUGGUGGUGACUAUGACUUUGACGCGAAGGACCUGGACGACGAGAUCAUCUCGAAGAGACUGAAAGAAGACGUUGCAGAGACCAAGGGCCACGUCUACAGAUUCAUUGCGGACAAUCUGUUGUUGUCAGAUGUGCAGCCUUCGAUCACCAGAAUUGGAUCGAAGGCGUUGACGGGAUUAUCUGUGCGAUUCCCAUAUGCAUAUACAAUUUCAAAAGAUACAGAGCUGGUUAAAUGGGACAUCAGCGACUUCAAGAAGAAGCCAUUGAGGUUGAAACACACCAAGGGUGGUAAGAAAUUCACACAGAUCGACUCUGAUCCUUCUAAGAAUGGACACUCGGAUGAGAUUCUCACGGUUGCUGCGAGCCCUGAUGGAAGAUACGUCAUCACCGGUGGAAGAGACAAAAGAAUCAUCGUAUGGAGCACAGAGGCAUUGGCAUGUCAAAGGGUGUUAGAGACUCGUGAUCGCCGUGGUGAAGUUAUGGGCCUUGUGUUCCGUCGUGGAUCUGAUCAGCUGUACGCUGCAUGCGCAGACCUCAAGGUGAGAACCUAUAGCAUAAACCAGUUUGCGCAGUUGGAGAUCUUGUACGGUCACCAGGACACUGUGGCGGAUAUAAGUGCACUGGGACAAGAACGUUGUGUCACUGUGGGAUCGAGAGAUCGGUGUGCCAUGUUGUGGAAAAUUGCCGAUGAGACGAGAUUGACCUUUAGAGGUGGUGAGAAUGAAAAGAAGAAGAAGAAGAAAAGAAGAGAUGACGAUGAGAUGGAUCUCGAUGAUAAACAAGAAGAGCAUGAGGAGAAGUUCUUUGCGGAGGGCAGUAUCGAUUGUGUUUCUAUGAUUGACGAUACCUACUUUGUUACAGGUUCUGAUAACGGAAGUAUAUCUCUCUGGUCCUUGGCAAAGAAGAAGCCAAUCUUCAUCCAACACUGUGCUCAUGGUGUGCUACCAAGUGUCGCAAGUGAUAAGGCUUCUGCAGAGAAUGAUCCAGCAUUAAGAGAACAACAAGUUCCUCAGCCACAGCCUUAUUGGAUCACUUCACUCCAUGCAAUUCCCUACUCCAACGUGUUCUUCUCUGGAUCUUGGAAUGGAACCAUCAAAGUUUGGAAGUUGGAGGACAAUUUGAGAUCUUUUACACCAUUGGGUGAGCUGCCUAAUGCCAAGGGCAUCGUCACAAGAAUCGAUGUUGCAGAGAGUGGACCUCAUGGUAAGGAAAGCAUCAGGGUCAUUGCUGCAAUGUCCAAGGAGCACAGAUUGGGACGUUGGAUAGACGCUGGUAGAGGUGCUCGUAAUCACAUAUACUCUGCUGUUAUUGAUCAA